GAAUGGCACUGUGAACAAUGAAGUGUCUCAUGCCCUGGACCUGAUGGACUGUGGCGCCGAUGUGAAGAAGAUUUGGCGAAGACUUGAUGACUACGUCGCUGUCGACAGCCAGGCACCCGGAGUGGAGGACUGUCCGGAAGUCGAUCUGACCACCCGGAUGAGCGCAGCAAUGGAGAACCUGGUCCACGAUCUGGUUCAUGUCUAUGACUGGAUCCUCCUGCCAGCAAGCAUUGGCGAGCGCUACUUCGUGACUGGCGAGAUUGGCCUUAGCCGCUUCCCGUGCCACCAGUUGAAUGGCAGCUUUUGCGCGCUGACUGCAAUGCGCAAGACUGUUCAAUGGUACUGCCAAGGAGUGUUCGAUGAGAAUGCCCCGUCGACUGUAGAAGCCACACGUGAGUGGACUGGAGUGUCAACUGGUGCAAAGAAGCAGAAGUUGAACAACUACUUCAACCAGUUCACUGACCACAUUAGCACUCAGAAUGGCUUCCUCGUGGAGAAUGAGGUGAAGACUGUUCCAAGCCGAUGGGUUUGGAGUGUGCCGACUGAGUCCUCCAAGCAAAGCAUGGGCAUCAUCCGAAUGUCGUACAAUGAUGCAAUGAGCUACACUAGGACUGGCCCACAGCUCCUUUGUCUCUCAGAGAUGGAGGAAUGGAACCGGAAUGCCACCAUCCCCCACAAUGGCCUGAUCGAAUGGCGGCUGAUGGGACGCACAAUGGUCCCGACUGCCCAAGCCUACGGUUCCGGAUUGGAGCAUGACUGUUCCACCUGGGAUGAAAUGUAUGGCGAGGAUGAUGGCGAGGACCGGAAUGCCUGGAAUGUUCCGACCUCCUCGACUGCGGGAAUGACCUCGCAGGGAUCAGCGCCAGCGACUGUCCUAUCGCAGGUCGCGAAUGCACUGAACCCAGUGGCUCUUCGCAUGAAUGGGAAUGCCAAGAACCCGGUCAUGAAUGCCAAGUCCAGCAAGAAGUGA